CCGUCGCAGGCCAAGAUCGAGUGCGACGACAAGGGCGACGGCUCGUGCGACGUGCGCUACUGGCCGCAGGAGCCGGGCGCCUACGCGGUGCACGUGCUGUGCGACGGCGAGGACAUCGCGCGCAGCCCCUUCAUGGCCGACGUGCGCCCCGCGCCGCGCGACUGCUUCCCCGACAAGGUCAAGGCGCAGGGCCCCGGGCUCGAGAGCACCGGGGUGGCCGUGAACAAAGCGGCCGAGUUCACGGUGGACGCCAGGAACGGGGGCAAGGGGCCCCUCAAGGUGCAGGUGCAGGACGCCGAGGGCCACCCCGUGGACGUGGCGGUCAAGGACAACGGCAACGGCACCUACAGCUGCUCCUACGUGCCCAAGAAGCCCCUCAAACACACGGCCCUGGUCUCCUGGGGGGGCGUCAACAUCCCCCACAGCCCCUACAGG